AUGGCAUGUUGUUUUAAUACCUUAAUCCCUAAAACAUCCUACAAAACUUAUUCAAUAAUUUAUCAAGGCCUCACUUGCUGGGAAGAACUCCAACAAAUUAAUGGAGCACGAUCUCGUUAUUUUACCGCGGUCGAGGCUCGAAAUAAUUUUGUUAAUUCUAUAAAUAAUAUUCAAUCAUGCAGGGUUUAUUUGGGCCGUGUUAGAUUCCCUUAUGUAACGGAAGAAGAAAUUCAGUCAAUGGAAUUGGCUAUUCAGAAUGCUUUUAAUGAUUUACAGUCGAAUGUGGCUCUUAAAAGGGCAAGGGAUUUUUUUAAUUUUCAAAAAGAAUUGUUUUAUAAAGCAGAUUAA